CGCUCUCUCCACUACUCCACUUGUUUACUUGCCUUCCUGGGCGCCUUCUAAAUUGCAGCUGCAAUAGCUCAGUGAAUUCAGUACCCUUUCGAAUUUUGAAGAGCAAGCAGCAACUCCAGAAAACAAAACAGGAUGAGGUGCCUCUUUCGGGCUAUCAACUGGUGUUGUGUCCUUUUCUGGAUCGGCUUGCAAAGUCCAGUGGCCAACUGCGCGCUGACCACCACGACCACAAAUCCCACGCAGGUGCCAACGCCUCACACUUUUCGCUUCCAGAAUCCGACGCAGUGCCUCAAGAACGAGUUCUACAACCUCAACCUAUUCGACUGUGUGCCCUGCAAUGAGGUCGGCAGCGGAGAUGGGGGUCUCGGAAAACUGCAACCCGACAGUGAGUGGUAGUAUUGAUCAAACAUAACUCAAUGGGGUGUCAUGUGAAGGGGCAAGGACCUGCAGGCUACUUAAGGAGUAACGUUAAUUUUCCCUACCAAAAGAGCUGU